CGUCAUCAUUGUGCGUCUGACGCGAGAAGGACCUUUAAAAGUGAUGCACGCGAGUGUUCCGGUUAGAUGUUUGAGAAAAUGUAAUUUACCGCUUUUUCUCUCUGGUCAAACUAAACUUAUCAGAAGUGCACUAAAAGUACAUCAUCCCGUUUUGGUUCCUUGUAAUUUUAACCUGUUUCUUAGUCGCUAUUUUAAUUUAACGCGGUGUCAACGGCGGAGCUCGGCAAUGGAGCAGGCGGCUUCGGCGACAGGAGAACCGGCAGAGGUAAACAGUCCAGGGUCGGCGGAGAAAGACGGCACCGAAACCGGCAAACGUAAAAGCGACGAACCUGAAAUAAGUAGCCGGGGUAAGAGGAGGAGAGGGGCAGGAGGGAAGAAGCUCCGUCCGGGCGAGAGAUACAUCCCUCCUCCGCAGAAACGCAACCCCGGGAUCAGCUUCAGCCAGGAGCACUUCAACGAGACCUCCUACUACUUUGAAGGCGGCCUCCGAAAAGUCCACCCGUACUACUUCGACUUUAAGACCUACUGUAAAGGUCGGUGGGUUGGGAAGAGUCUUCUGGAGGUGUUCAAGAGCGAGUUCAGAGCCGAGUCCAUAGAAUACUAUCAGAGGGCUGCCAAAGAGGGUCGGAUCCGCCUCAACGACACCCCUGUGGAGGACCUCUCCGUCAUACUCAGGAAUAAUGACCAAAUGAAGAACACUGUGCACCGCCAUGAGCCCCCAGUAGUUGGAAGAUCACUCGAGAUCCUGGUGGACGAUGGUGAGGUCCUAGUGGUGGACAAACCUGCCUCAAUACCAGUUCAUCCCUGUGGCCGGUUUCGCCACAACACAGUGAUCUUCAUCCUCGGAAAAGAGCGGGGUAUAUCGGAGCUCCACACAGUCCACAGACUGGACCGGCUCACAUCCGGGGUCCUGCUGUUUGCACGGACCCUGGAGACCUCAAAAAAGCUGGACCAGUUGGUGAGAGACAGACAGCUUGAAAAGGAGUAUGUGUGUCGAGUGGAGGGGGAGUUUCCAGAGGGGGAAGUCAUCUGUGAGGAGCCCAUCCUGGUUGUUUCCUUCAAAGUUGGUCUCUGCCGGGUUGACCCAAAGGGCAAAGAGUCUCGAACCGUCUUCCAGAGGCUUAGUUUUAAUGGAAAAACCAGUGUGGUUCGCUGUCUACCGCUCACUGGCCGCACUCACCAGAUCAGAGUCCACCUCCAGUACCUGGGCUUCCCGAUUCUCAAUGAUCCCAUUUAUGGAUCCUCAGCCUGGGGCCCUCACAGGGGCAAAGGGGGGUUGGUUGGAAAGAGUGACGAGGAGCUACUGCAUGCUUUGGUGAAGGAACAUCAGGCUCAGGAGAGUUUAAACCUGUUGGAUUUACCUGACGAUGGGAUUGUAAUUCAAGAGACGGGGAACAACAAGACUUCUGAUGAAAACGACAAGAGCGGAAAGAGUCACGAGUCGGAUACGUGUAGUGUUGACAACAAGCAGGUGGUAACAGGUUGUAGUGGAAGCAACAAGGUAUCGAAUGAAGAUGUGAGUGAUGGAACCAGCUGUUCAGACCCAAACGGACAAACCUCACCUAACAAAUCAAAUGGAGAUCAGACGACUGACUCCACGCAGCAGAACCCGACAGGAGGUGAAGACCGCCUGUGCAGUGAAUGUAAACUGGUACGACCCGAUCCCACGGAAAAGGAACUCAUUAUGUAUCUACAUGCAUUGCGCUACAAAGGACCAGAGUUUGAGUAUUCCACACGCUUACCUGACUGGGCCAAAGAAGACUGGGUUGAAGAGGAUUAGAGCUGUGACGAUAACACUGAUGCUACCGUGUUGGUAACCAUCACAGUGGGCAGUAUGGAGUACAACUAUUAAAGACUUCUGAAGACAUUUUGAUUUUGCUGAAAUGCAUAUGUUUACCUUUGUAAUGAAAAAAAGAAACGACUGCUGAAUUU